CUCAGGAUUGCUGCAAUCUUUGUUUGUGCUGCAGAUCGUUCAUUCACUCAGAUGUAUUAUUGCGGGUCAUCACUGCAGAUAUAAUAGAUGCUGAGUGCAUGUAGGAAAAAUCAUUGUUUUCAUUGUUUUCGUGUGUGUUCAGAGUUCUCCUGUAGAUGAGCUGAUGUGUUACUGAUAAACAACCCCCGGGUCUCUGACGGGCGGGCGGGCGCUGCUCAUGCGUGGUCCUGCGCGAGCGUUUGUUUGGAAACUCUGAGACGAAACUCGAGAAAACUUCACAAAAUGUGGCGAAUAUUAAACACUUUUAACGCUCUUGUGAGGCGAGACUUCAGGAGAAAAACACUGCGCGUUUCUGCGCGGAGCCUCGCGACAGAUGACGGAGAUCCGCCCGGGGUUCUGGGGAAGCGUCUGAAGGACUCGGCGGAGACGGUGGUCAUCGGCGGCGGGUGUGUCGGGGUCAGUCUGGCGUAUCAUCUGGCCAAAGCCGGACAGAAGGACGUGGUGCUGCUGGAAAAGUCCGAGCUGACGGCUGGAUCCACAUGGCACGCGGCGGGACUCACCACAUACUAUCAUCCAGGCAUUAAUCUGAAGAAGAUUCAUUAUUACAGCAUUAAUCUCUUCGAGCAGCUCGAGGCCGAGACAGGACAGGCCGUGGGCUUCCAUCAGCCCGGCAGCAUCAGACUGGCGUCCACUCCGGUCCGAGUCAACGAGCUCAAAUAUCAGAUGACCAGAACACACUGGCACCCGACGCCACAGUUCCUCAUCGGCCCCGAGAAGAUCCAGCAGCUCUUCCCUCUGCUCAACAUGGACAAGGUGUUGGCGGGUCUUUAUAAUCCAGGUGAUGGUCACAUCGACCCGUAUUCUCUGACGAUGGCUCUGGCGGCGGGAGCGCGAAUGUACGGCGCUCAGAUCUAUUAUCCUGCUCCUGUCACAGGCCUCACGCCGACCGCCGACGGCAGAUGGGACGUCCAGACGCCACACGGAACCAUCCGAGCCAAUCGCAUCGUUAAUGCCACAGGGUUCUGGGCGCGUGAACUGGGUCAGAUGAUCGGGUUCCAGCACCCCACCAUCCCAGUGCAUCACCAGUACGUCGUCACGGCAACGGUUCCCGAGGUGAAGGCGCUGGAGGCGGAGCUUCCGGUGAUUCGGGAUCUGGAGGGCUCGUAUUACCUGCGUCAGGAGCGAGACGGCCUGCUGUUCGGACCCUACGAGAAGGAGGAGAAGAUGAAGCUGCAGGACUCGUGGAUCAGAGACGGAGUUCCUCCAGGUUUCGGUAAGGAGCUGUUUGAGUCCGAUCUGGACCGGAUCAUGGAUCAUGUGGAGAGGGCUAUGGAGAUGGUGCCGGUUCUGAAGAACGCUGACAUCAUCAACAUCGUGUCCGGACCGAUCACAUACACACCUGACCUGCUGCCCAUGAUCGGACCGCACCAGGGAGCCAGAAACUACUGGACCGCCAUCGGCUUCGGAAUUGUAAUUUAUAACAGAAUUAUAUAUAUAUAUAUAUAUAUAUAUAUAUAUAUAUAUAUAUGCGGCGAGCCUCCGUAUGAUCUGAUCGAGUGCGACCCCAACCGCUACGCUCACUGGACCAGCGUCCCGUACCUGUGCGCCAAAGCCAGAGAGUCCUACGGCUUCAACAACGUCGUGGGCUACCCGAAGGAGGAGCGCUUCGCGGGUCGCCCGACUAACCGGGUCAGCGGCGUCUAUGAGCUGCUGAAGGACAGAUGCUCCAUGGGUUUCCAUGCAGGAUGGGAGCAGCCGCAUUACUUCCACAAACCCGGAGACGACACCGGAUACAAACCCAGCUUCAGAAGGACUAACUGGUUCGGGCCGGUCGGCCGCGAGUGUAAACUGGUGAUGGAGGGUGUGGGUGUGAUUGACCUUUCACCUUUUGGGAAGUUCAGCGUUAAAGGAGAAGAUUCGCACCGGCUGCUCGACCGGCUGUUCGCCAACACACUGCCAAAGGUGGGUCAAACCAACAUCAGUCACAUGUUGACCCCGCGGGGGCGUGUCUACGCUGAGGUCACAGUUACCCAGACUGCACCUGGAGAGUUUCUGCUCAUCACAGGCUCCGGGUCGGAGCUGCACGAUCUGCGGUGGAUCGAGCACGAGGCGGCUGACGGCGGGUAUCAUGUGAGCGUGUCUAACGUGACGGAUGAGAUCGGUGUUCUGGGCAUCGCCGGGCCGAAAUCACGGAUGGUUCUUCAGAAGCUGACAGAUGAAGACAUGAGUGACACGGCCUUCAGAUUCCUGCACUGCAGAUCCAUACAGCUCGCCGGAGUUCCCCUCCGCGCCAUACGCAUAUCCUACACAGGUGAGUUGGGUUGGGAGCUCUACAUGGACAUGCAGAACAUGUCAGCGGUGUAUCAGGCUCUGAUGGAAGCAGGACAAGACGAGAACAUCGAUAACUUCGGCACAUACGCCAUGAGCUCACUGAGACUGGAGAAAGGCUUCAGAGCCUGGGGAGCUGAGAUGAACUGCGACACAAAUCCUUUAGAAGCUGGUUUGGACUAUUUCAUCAAACUCAAUAAGCCCGCAGAGUUCAUCGGUAAACAGGCUCUGCUGGAGAUCAAGGCUCAGGGUUUGAGCCGUCGGCUGGCGUUCCUCACGCUGGACACAGACGACAUCGACCCGGAGGGAAACGAGACCGUCUGGCACAACGGAGAGGUGGUGGGGAACACGACGUCAGGAUCAUACAGCUACAGCGCGCAGCAGAGCCUGGCCUUCUCUUACCUGCCCCUGCACCUGACUCAUGCGGGUCAGAAGGUAGAAGUGGAGCUUCUGGGUCAGAAAUACCCGGCCACAGUCACUCAGGAGCCGCUGGUCCUCACAGAACCCAGCAGAACCCGCCUGCAGAAGAAGCAGCGGAGCGACUGAUGGGAACCGAGACGAUCCUGAGCUCAUUCUGAAUAUGACACUCAAUGAUGCCACAACAGAACAGCAAAUAUCAGCCGGAAAGUGUUGCUUUAGCAAAAUAAAUCAGGUGUGAGCUACAUGAAAAUCAUAAAAGCACUGCAAAUGUGCCAGAAUAUGGAAACGUAAAAGUUGUAGUUUUUAAAAUCUGUGUUAAUCAUUUUAAUUGAAAACUGUGAAGGUUUGCUGCUAAACAUUGUGUCUUAAUGUCAUAUUCUGUGAAUUAUUUCCAGUCAUGUUGAACUCUGGCAGUAUUUUACACGUGUGUGUUCUUGCAGGAUCAGACUAACUGAUGAGUCUUACAGAGAAGAACUCUAAUAAAGCACAAUCUCAGUAUUACAGAUUCUAGGAUAAUUCUAAUAUUUGAACGACCUCUGAUUAUUCCCGUCUCUCUGUACUCUGUUUUCAUUGUGAAUAAACACACUUUCCCUCUCGAGUCGGUCUCUCGACACGGUGUCAUCGAAGAUGGGGACAGUGUUUUUAAAAGUCCAAACUCAGUAAACACAUUAAUAAUAAAUCAUACUUAGACAAGCAGAUCGAACGCAACACAGUCAAACUGACCCCAAAGCAACUUUGACUUUUCUAAAAAAAUAUGAUAAUUAUAUCUUUAAACCUUGAAUCUUUCUGACUUUUGCUAAAUGUAUUCACCAAAUUCAUAAACAUGCACAUCUUGUGUUACAAAGUUUUUAAAAUGCCUGUGCACAUUUUGACCCCAUCACUUUUUUUGGUAAAAAAAAAGAUUAAACAUUAUAUGCAGAAAAAUUUUCUGUUGAUUGCCUCUCAUGACUAAAUAUCUAAUGAGUAAAUAUCAUUUAUGCCUUGCUAUAAAUGUACAUUUUACUAUUACUGUACUGCAUAUGAAGGAGUUUUUCAGAGUUCUAUAUACUUUUAUAUACUAUUUCAUACAAUAAUGUGUUUACAAACACCGUACACACAUUUUUACAAGCAUCUAUCAAAAAUGAUUGUUGUUGAUUUUCCAUAUUAUAUGGGGGCUUUCCAUAGACAUAAUUUUGAUACUGUAUACAUUUAAAAAAAAUAAAAAAAGCUUUUUUCCUCAUGGGGGGGGGGGGG